CCCCUAGGCCAAGAACCGCUGUGUCACUUGCGACUAGGUCCCUGGACCUGAAGAAGGGCGCAGGCCCGAGCCUGGCGGUGGCACCAGGCUGAACACACGGAGCGGGGACGACGUGCAGGAGGAGGAGCUUGAGGCCAGCUCGCUGUCAUGUCGCGCCAGGCAAAGGAUGACUUCCUGCGGCACUACACAGUCUCCGACCCCAGGACCCACCCCAAGGGCUACACCGAGUACAAAGUGACGGCGCAGUUCAUCUCAAAGAAGGACCCAGAAGAUAUCAAAGAGGUAGUAGUCUGGAAACGAUACAGUGACUUCCGUAAGCUGCAUGGGGACUUGGCCUAUACUCACCGAAAUCUCUUCCGCCGCCUAGAAGAGUUUCCAGCUUUCCCCCGUGCCCAGGUGUUUGGUCGGUUUGAAGCCUCUGUGAUUGAAGAAAGGCGCAAAGGUGCAGAAGAUUUGCUGCGCUUCACAGUACCCAUCCCUGCACUCAACAACAGUCCCCAGCUCAAGGAGUUUUUCCGGGGUGGGGAGGUAACAAGACCCUCUGAGGUGACCAGGGACCUGUGCAUCCUGCCACCCCCUCUCAUUCCUACACCACCUCCUGAUGAGGCCCGGCUACUCCAGCCACUGCCUGUGGAAAGGAGGGGCCAGGAGGAGUUGGAUGUGCCAGUGGACCCCCUACCAUCUAGCCCUGCCCAGGAAGCCUUGGAUCUUCUCUUCAGCUGUGGCAGCACUGAGGAAGCAUCCAGCUCCCCAGCCCGAGGUCCCCUCUCUGAGGCUGAACUUGCCCUUUUCGACCCCUACUCCAAAGAGGAAAGUACAGGUCCCAGCCCCACCCACACUGGUGAGCUGGCAGCCAUGGAGGUACAGUCCAAAAAACUGGCCCAGGAACCUUGGGAGCCAGGAGGACAGGAGAAGGAAGAGUCUGAGGAUGGAGAACCUGCCCCAGCUUAUCUGACCCAGGCCACAGAGCUCAUCACUCAAGCCCUUCAGAAUGAGAAGGCUGGAGCCUAUGCUGCUGCACUCCAAGGCUACCGAGAUGGGGUGCACGUCCUGCUUCAGGGAGUCUCUGGUGACCCAUCCCCUGCCCGCCGGGAAGGUGUGAAAAAGAAGGCAGCUGAGUACCUGAGGCGGGCAGAGACCCUCCACGGGCAAUUGCCUUGAGGGUGGACCCUUCCUGGGACUUCAGCUCCAGCACUGCCAGCCUCCUCCAUGCCUUCCCUUGGGACCUGGCCUUGUUUCCUGCUCUUGGAACCCCAGGGGUCAUAUCUGUUUUAACUGGACCAAGUAUGAGAAAAGCAAAGACUUCUCAGCUCCAACCUGCCUGCCUCCUUGGAAUCAGACUUGAACUUCUGGUCCUGCCUGUCUGUUUUAUAUCAGUUCACCCAUCUAGAACAAGGGUCUGCAGCCUGAAGUCAGUGGCCAGACCUGGCACACUGCAUUUUUUGGUAAGACCUUC